AUGACCCCACGUGCUGGAACGAUGCGGCUGGCCUGCAUGUUUUCCUCCAUCCUGCUGUUCGGAGCCGCGGGCCUCCUCCUCUUCAUCAGCCUGCAGGACUCCGCGGGGCUCACCCCCCAGCAGGUGCCAGGAGUAAAGUUCAACAUCAGGCUACAGCGGCCGCGCGACGACUUCCCGCCAGGCGGUUCCCAGGAUGGAGUUUUUAAGGCACCCACCGAGAGGAUGGCCAGAGAUGCGUCUAGCCGGGCGCCCAGAGGCCUCCGCCUGCUGGUGCCUGACCCCCCUCCAGGCCACCCCAACACGGGGGCCCGCCUGCGGCCCCGGCAGCGCCGCCGCCGGCUGCUCAUCAAGAAAAUGCCCUCCGCUGCGGCCACCCCUGUCCCUGCCAACAGCUCCACGGGCUCCGCCGCCCCGGACGGCCACUGGGCCCGCCUGCAGCAGCGGCAGCGGGAGCGCAAGCGGGCAGUGGGCGAGGCGUGCGCCAAGUUUCGCGCCGCCGGCAGCCGCAGGCCCGUCACGCCGCGCCACGUGUCCCGCAUCUUCGUGGAGGACCGCCACCGCGUGCUGUACUGCGAGGUGCCCAAGGCCGGCUGCUCCAACUGGAAGCGGGUGCUCAUGGUGCUGGCCGGGCUGGCCGCGUCCCCCGCCGGCCUGCAGCACGACGCCGUGCACUACGGCGGCGCGCUCAAGCGGCUGGACGCCUUCGACCGCCCGGGCAUCCUGCACCGCCUGCGCACCUACACCAAGAUGCUCUUCGUCCGCGAGCCCUUCGAGCGGCUCGUCUCCGCCUUCCGCGACAAGUUCGAGCACCCCAACAGCUACUACCACCCGGUCUUCGGCAAGGCCAUCCUGGCCCGCUACCGCGCCAACGCCUCCGGGGAGGCCCUGCGGACGGGCGCCGGCGUGCGCUUCCCCGAGUUCGUCCAGUACCUGCUGGACGUGCACCGGCCCGUGGGCAUGGACAUCCACUGGGACCACGUCAGCAGGCUCUGCAGCCCCUGCCUCAUCGACUACGACUUCGUGGGCAAGUUCGAGAGCCUGGAGGACGAUGCCAACUUCUUCCUGAGCCUCAUCCGCGCGCCGCGCAACCUGACCUUCCCGCGCUUCAAGGACCGGCACGCGCAGGAGGCGCGGACCACGGCCGGCAUCACCCGCCGCUACUUCGCGCAGCUCUCGGCGCCGCAGCGGCAGCGCGCCUACGACUUCUACUACAUGGACUACCUGAUGUUCAACUACUCCAAGCCCUUCGCCGACCUGUACUGA